UAUUCCCUUUCCAAAUGUUGUUUCAGGCCUGAGUGGUGGUGAAUAUAUUUGACAUUUCGCCAAAUUUGUUUUGAUCUACCUUUCUGAAUACAAAACGGAUUGCAACGAUGGACGAAAACAACGACACCAGCUUGCUGGUCAUAGUGCUGGACACGAACCCGUCGCAGCGCAUAAUCCGCGAGAACCCGCACCACCUGACGCAAUGUCUGGACUCGAUAGUGGGUUUCGCGAACGCCCACCUCAUGCAGAAGGCCCACAACAAACUGGCCGUGCUGGCGUGCCACCACCAUGCGACCGAGUUCCUGUACCCGAACCCGGGCAAACCGCUGGACAUUCGUCAGGUCGAUGGGCAGUACGAGCAGUUUACGCUGGUGGAGAAAACCAUCAAGCAGAAGCUGGCCCGGAUGAUUAACGAGGCGCCGAGGUUGGCCGCUCCGACGGAAUCGCUGCUGGCCGGCAGUAUGGCCAUGGCCCUUUGCUACAUCGCUAGGAUAAACCGAAACAAACCGGCUGGAGUGAAAAUCAACUCCCGGAUCCUAGUGGUCACCGGAAGCAACGAGUGCGCCUCGCAGUACAUGACCUACAUGAACGUGUUCUUCACCGCCCAAAAGCAGAACGUCACGCUGGACGUGUGCGCGCUGGACAAACCGCUCAGUCUUCUGCAGCAGGGCUGCGACAUCACCGGCGGACAAUACCUGAAGCUGCCCCAACUGGACGGAUUUCUGCAGUAUUUGCUGUGGGUAUUCCUGCCGGAUCCACAGAUGCGUUGCAAACUGGUGCUGCCUCCACCGGUAAAAGUGGACUACCGAGCGGCCUGUUUCUGCCACCGCGAACUCAUCGACAUCGGUUACGUCUGCUCGGUUUGUCUGUCCAUCUUUUGCAAGUUUAGCCCGAUCUGUACAACCUGCCACACCGUCUUCAAGGCACCCGCGCCCAUUGCGGCCAAACCGAAAAAGAAAAAGAUGAAAACCUAAAUGUGAUAAAUUUUUCAUGUUACUUUAUUUCUACUUUCACUAAAAUAAACAUUUCUAAAACAACUCGCAA